UUCCCUCUCUCUUUCACCCUCACUUCAUUGGUUCUCCAAUCUUAUUCGCUUGUCUCUCUUUUUCUCCAUAGCAAUAUCCAAAGCGCUACCCCCCACCACACCCUGCUUCUCUCUCUCCCUCUUUGUCUGUCUUUGUGCCACAGAGUUGCUCUCUCUGCUCAGUGUAGUCAGGUUGAGUGGUAAGAGGGGAAUGUGUAGCAGAGACGAUGGGUCUUACAGAGUGUGGGAGAUGAGAGUGUGAGUGUUUUUUAGGGAGAAGAGUGCGGAGCACGAGUGUGUGUGUGUGUGUGUGUGUGUGAAUAUCGGUGGGGGUGAGCUUCUCUUGUGUCACAUUCCAGCUUCCAGGGCUCGAUCCCUGCCUGCUGAGAGACGGACCUGGAAAACUUUGGAAAAUCAUUCUUGGAAAACUGUGAUUGGAAGCUGGAAAGUCUUUUGAAACCAUCCCUGUAUCUCUUUGUGACUUCGUAUUGUUGCUGUAGGAGUGACUCCCUCUCUGCUGCUGCUGUUGUUUUGGGGUCUCUGGGCUUUGGAUAGUGGUCUCACUGGAGCCGCGCUGACGCUCUCCGCAUUACUACGGCAGAGGAGAGGAGGGGAGAGAACAUGGAACUUCAAACGUGUUUCAUUGGAAGGGAUUUAUAAUCUGGAUCAUGGAUAUUGACAGAGAAGACUGCUGUCCUGUUCUCAGCUGAGGGGACCAGUGCAUAUUUCAUAGAAGACAGAAGAGAGAACCCAGUUCAGACUUUAUGGAAGGGGGUAGCCAGAAAUUGUUUCCAUAAAACCAUAGAAUAGAAUUAAAGACCACAGUCAACCAAGUCUGACUCAUACACAGAAGAUAUGAGCCUAGGCCUCUCUCAUGCCAGAGAGAGACAGUUAGUGACAUCAUCAUGAACGCCCCGCCCACAGGAAGCCCCAGCCAAAAUAUGGAGGUGAAGGUGGUCUCCCAGGAGAUGGCUUUGUUUAGCAAUGCCCUGGCAGCCUACACCUUCAUAGCAGACCAGCCUGAGCGAGUAACUCUGGUGUUUGUUAGUGGUGUGUGUGUGGGUCUCCUCCUCACCCUCUGUGCCCUCGUGGUCCAGAUACACUGUCGCACCGACUGUCACUACAGUAACCGACGACGACAUAACCAUCAGCAUAGCAACAGGCAUCCCCACCAUCACCAUGGGGGCCAUCACUGUCACCACCAUCCCCGACCUGGCAACCCUAACACUAGCAAUCCCGGCGUAACCACAGAGACGAGCGGAGACAGCGAAUCAGUGGACUGGGACGACGGGACUUCUGACCUAUCGGCUCGACGACGGAGGCGCUUUGAGAGAACGCUACUGCACACUAGCGUGUUCACGUCCGUAGAAGAGUUGGAGCGAGCUCAGAGGGUUGAGGAGAGAGAGAGGAUCAUACAAGAGAUCUGGAUGAACGGACAUCCUGACGUCAACACUGUCACACGCAGCCUCAACAGAUACUACUGACAGGGACAGAGAAAACAGGGCGAAAAAGAGAUGGAUAGACAGACAAAUGGACAAAGAGGAAGGAUAGGGAUAAUAUACACUUUUAGACAAGGUAGCAUCGAGAGGCUCAUGAAGCACAGGACUGUUAGCCAGGGAGAGAGGGGACAAUGACACUGGGCCACAGAACCAUGGGUGUGUCUGAGAACACCAGACUGAUGUCACGACAGGAUAUGAACCCGGGUCCCCCAUUGGAGAAACCAACAUCUUGACCAUUAGACCAAGAGGAAAUGACCAAGAGCAACCAUGACCUGACUCCACUAACCCACAGCUUUUAGAUCUGUGAUGGGGCAAGUAGGGAAUGAGAAUGCCUCCUGAUUGUGGCCCAGGAUGGUUCCUCCGGGGUCAGACCCCUUUCACAUACUGAGGUGGAUGAUGUCACCACCCCGUGGAUACACUGUGACCUUCCUGACACCAUCCCCAUCACCGUUGACAAAGGCCCACAAUUCACCUCUGUGGAAUACUCUGAUUUCCUAGCCGAACGUACCGCACUACGUUGUACCUGACUGUUACGUUCAUACACAGCCCGGUUCACUACCAGGACAAGGACCACAGAGAAAACCUGUUAACUAAAACAUUUCAUGUUUGCCUUCACUCAAUCUUAAUGUGUAUUUAAUUGAUCCACUCUUGUCUUUUGUAAAUAAAUUCAUUUUUAUAAAAUAGCAACACUUUGUUUGUCUCAGGGAUGUUUUUAAGGGUUGUUGUAGGGGAAAAUGUUUUUAUGUAUUUUUAAGAUGGAGCAACAAUCAUUCCUCAGAGAGACUGUGACUAUAAAACUAUAUGUGGUUGGUUGUCAGCAGAGGAGUAUUAAGUAGGGACCCUUAGUCACUACAGACAGAGGCAGUGCUCCAAUCCAAUCCAGUCAGCUCCUGAGUAGUUCCCUUCAGCCCCAGCUCAGCCUAUAACAAGGUCAGUUCUGUAGUAGGUUGACAGGGCUAGCACUUAGCCCCAGCUGCACCUGGUCCCUUCAGCUCUGCUAACACUGAAGCGGUAGCUAGACUCUCUUCAGCUCUGCUAACACUAAAGCAGUAGCUAGACUCUCUUCAGCUCUGCUAACACUG